AUGUUUCCUAGACGAUACCUGCUCGUGCUAGCCUACUCCUGGACUCUGCUGCAGAGCGUCGCAGCUGUCCCGGAUGUGCCUCCAGACCAACCAGCGCCCGAAGAUCACCAUCUCGAACAUAAUUUGCAGGAACGGCACGAAAGCCCGGAGAUCGCAAGCUCGUUUUGGGCUGUCUUGUCGCAUGAAUUAGCUCCCACAGGAGGCCCAGCCUGUCCUGCCCCUACUUUGGAGACAAAGGUGGUCCCAGUGACAGUAACCUGUCCUGUGGUCUCGCCAAGAACCGUCACUGUCACUUCUACUUCGAUAAUAGCCACGGGCUGCCCUUGCCCCCCUGCCGGCAGUAGCGGGAGAGCUCCUACCAGUCGUGGCACCACAAGCCGCAGCAGCGCCAGCGUCACACCGAGCCGUACCAUGACACCCCCAUCCAACAGAACUAGCUCUACCCGCACGCUCACCCGAACUCUGACGCAAACCCGAACGUUGACACAAACCCGCACGUCGACGCCCUUGACACCCAGCAGAACAGCACGUGUCUCCCCCUCUGCACCAGCUACCCUUGCGAGGCUGCCCACGUCGACAUCGGUAGCCGUAUCUCCAGUAACGACACCGGUGCGCAUCACGCCGCGAGCGCGUGCCAAUCCGGAUAUUGUGCGUCGACAGAUGCUGAGGAACUUUGGAACCAACACGACGGCAAUUUUCACCAAUACAACUGCGUUCACGAAUAGCACUACCAGGCCACUGAAUGCGACUCGUGCUGCGACUUGGACGCUUACUGAGCCGAGGCCUGUGUUCUUGCCCCGUUUCCACCGUGGGCGGGGUCGUGGUUAG